GCGCAGGGCGAGGGAGGCGUGUUUCUGGGCCGUCGAACUGUGGUGGCAUCCCUCUGAGCAUGCGCAGACCCCCCCUCCGCGCAAGGGAAGGGAGGCCUCUUUGGGGCGAAGAGGAAGAGGGAGGAUCCAGGGACAGUCGGGAAAUAUCCCCGAAAUAAGAGCAGCUUGGAGAGGCACCACUCUCUGCCUGGAGCUGCCAUGUCUGGGAUUGGGAACAAGCGCAUGGCUGCAGAGGCCAGUCCCUCGGGGCUUCCAGAAAAGAAAGCCAGCGUUGAGGACUCGGGGACCACUGUAGAGACCAUUAAGCUUGGGGGUGUCUCCUCAACGGAGGAAUUAGACAUCCGCACUCUCCAGACCAAGAAUCGGAAGCUGGCGGAGAUGCUGGACCAGCGACAAGCUAUUGAGGAUGAGCUGCGUGAACACAUUGAGAAGCUGGAACGACGGCAGGCCACCGAUGAUGCCUCGCUGUUGAUUGUCAACCGCUACUGGAGUCAGUUUGAUGAGAACAUUCGCAUCAUUUUGAAACGCUAUGACUUGGAUCAAAGCCUUGGAGACCUCCUCUCAGAACGUAAAGCCCUGGUGGUGCCAGAACCCGAACCUGAUUCAGACAGCAACCAGGAGCGCAAAGAUGAGAGGGAGAGAGGAGAGACAUUUGAGCCUGCAUUCUCCUUUCUGGCCACUUUGGCCAGCAGCACCAGUGAAGAAAUGGAAUCUCAGCUACAGGAACGUGUGGAGUCUUCCCGCCGGGCAGUCACUCAGAUUGUGACCAUGUAUGACAAACUUCAGGAGAGAGUGGAUGUCCUGACCCAGAAGCUGAACAGCGGAGAUAUUUCUCUGAUGGAAGAAGCUGUCCAAGAGCUGAAUUCUUACCUAACAUGUGAGAACAGGCGGCUUCAGGAACUGGCUGAUUUGCUUCAGGAAAAACACCGCUCCAUGUCUCAAGAGUUCUCCAAAUUGCAAGGGAAAGUAGAGGCGGCAGAGUCUCGUGUAUCUGUGCUGGAGACCAUGAUAGAUGACUUGCAAUGGGACAUUGAUAAAAUCCGUAAGCGGGAACAGCGUCUCAACAGGCACCUGGCAGAUGUUUUGGAACGAGUGAACUCAAAAGGCUACAAGGUAUAUGGUGCAGGCAGCAAUCUCUAUGGCGGGACUAUUACCAUCAACUCUCGAAAGUUUGAGGAGAUGAAUGCCGAACUGGAGGAAAAUCAGGAGCUGGCCCAAAAUCGCUUGAGUGAGUUGGAAAAAUUGCGUCAAGAUCUAGAGGAGGUGACAACUCAGAAUGACAAGUUAAAGGUGGACCUGAGACGGGCAGUAGAAGAAGUGGUGAAGGACACCCCUGAAUACCGCUGCAUGCAGUCCCAGUUCUCCGUUCUCUACAAUGAGAGUCUCCAAUUGAAAUCACAGCUCGAUGAAGCCCGUACUCUGCUUCAUGGCACCCGAGGUACCCAUCAGCGUCAGGUGGAGCUCAUUGAGAGGGAUGAAGUCAGCCUGCAUAAGAAAUUGCGAACUGAGGUUAUCCAGCUGGAAGACACUCUUGCCCAGGUCCGCAAGGAAUACGAGAUGCUACGGAUUGAAUUUGAGCAGACACUUGCAGCCAAUGAACAAGCAGGUCCCAUUAAUCGUGAGAUGCGGCACCUCAUCAGCAGUCUCCAGAACCACAACCACCAGUUGAAAGGGGAAGUGCUGCGGUACAAACGGAAGCUAAGAGAGGCUCAGUCUGACUUGAGCAAGAUGUUUUGUGCUAAUCCUUUCCAGACCCGUUCCCGUAGUGGGAGUGCGCUUCUCCACUCUCAGUCAAGUACUGAAGAGGCCAAAGAAGAGCCUCCUGAAAUCAAACAGGAACCGGACGAUCCUUCCUCGCAUCCUGUAGCCUCCAAGGGACCUUUUGAAGAUGCCUCUGAAACCAAGGCGAGGCGGGAUGAAGAGGAGCGGGAGCGCGAAAGACGGGAAAAAGAGAGGGAGCGUGAAAAGGAGAAAGAGAAGGAAAAGGAGCGAGAGCGAGAGAAAGAGAAGGAAAAGGAAAGAGAGCGAGAGAAGCAAAAGCAGAAGGAAUCUGAGAAGGAGAGGGAAUCGGGCAAAGAGAAGGACAAAGGAAAGCAUGACGAUGGAAGGAAAAAGGAAGCAGAACUGGUCAAGCAGUUGAAGGCUGAUCUUAAGAAGGCUCAAGAAAGCCAGAAAGAAAUGAAGUUGCUUUUGGAUAUGUACCGCUCUGCUCCCAAAGAGCAAAGAGAUAAAGUUCAACUGAUGGCAGCUGAAAAGAAGGCCAAAGCUGAGUUGGAAGAGUUAAGGCAACGAGUAAGAGAUCUUGAGGACAAGGAGAAGAAAGAAAGCAAAAAAAUGGCUGAUGAGGAUGCCCUACGGAAAAUCCGGGCAGUGGAGGAGCAGAUAGAAUACUUACAGAAGAAACUAGCCAUGGCUAAGCAGGAAGAAGAAGCACUCCUUUCCGAAAUGGAUGUGACGGGCCAAGCCUUUGAGGACAUGCAAGAGCAGAAUAUUCGCCUGAUGCAGCAGCUGAGAGAGAAGGAUGAUGCCAACUUCAAGCUCAUGUCAGAACGCAUCAAAUCCAACCAGAUCCACAAACUUCUAAAGGAGGAGAAGGAGGAGUUGGCAGACCAGGUCCUUACCUUGAAGACGCAGGUGGAUGCCCAGUUACAAGUUGUACGCAAACUGGAAGAAAAGGAACACCUCCUUCAGAGCAACAUUGGCACUGGAGAAAAGGAGUUGGGCUUGCGGACCCAGGCCCUAGAGAUGAACAAACGUAAGGCUAUGGAUGCAGCUCAGCUUGCCGAUGAUCUUCGGGCCCAGUUAGAGCUGGCACAGAAGAAGCUACAUGACUUCCAAGAGGAGAUUGUGGAGAACAGCGUGACCAAAGAGAAGGAUAUGUUCAACUUCAAACGAGCCCAGGAAGAUAUCUCAAGGUUGCGAAGGAAGCUGGAGACCACCAAGAAACCUGACAUGGUUCCCAACUGUGAUGAAAUCCUUAUUGAGGAGAUUAAAGAUUAUAAGGCCCGCCUGACGUGCCCUUGCUGCAAUAUGCGGAAGAAGGAUGCCGUUCUCACGAAGUGCUUCCAUGUCUUCUGCUUUGAAUGUGUGAAAACCCGGUACGACACCCGGCAGCGCAAGUGUCCCAAGUGCAACGCUGCUUUUGGGGCCAAUGACUUCCACCGUAUCUACAUUGGCUGAAUCUGUCCAUUCAAGGCAUCGUGGCUGCCAACCCACUUGUUGCUUAUUAGCAGGCUGGAUACUGCUUCUCUCAGUCAGGGGUCUCCUCCCCCACUUUUUAAAAAAGACAUAUCUCAUUUGGUUAGUGGUAGGAGGUUAAUUUUUGUUCUCAUUUAUCUCCUUUCCUUUUCCAGUUUUGUUUUGCUUUUCAUUUAGUACUGGUUCAUUGCCCCAGCAUGCUAAGGACGAGUGAUCAUUAUGAGAAAUGCUGUUCGGUUGAGCCCUGACACAAACAAUAGCUGUGAAAUAGGCAGCAGUUGAAUCAGCUAACACCCAUAACUCUAGGGAACUGGCAUGAGUUAGUUUAAUGAGCUUUCUUGUGGACAUUUUGAGUUCAGUUUCCAUCUCUGUUUUCUAAUAAACGAGAAAACCCUU